AUGUUUUUUCAAAAUUCUGAUUAUUCCGGAAUAUGUUUUAUUAAAAUUCUGAUUUUAAUUAUACUAGUUUCCGGUGGCUAUGAUUGUUCAAUUCGUUUCUAUAUUUUUGAUGGAGAUGAAUGGGUUACUGCACAAGCAAUACCUGAUGCACAUUCCGAAACUGUUUGGUCCGCCGCAUUUGUUAAUUUAACCGGUCAACACUUAGCAACCGUUGGUGGCGAUAAAACAAUAAAAAUUUGGAGUAAAGAGAAGAGACCGGAAGAAGGACAAAGUUGGUGCUCUUGGAAAAUAACAGUGAAUCUGCCUAUUUUGGAGACUAGAUGGCCUCUUUACGCGGUUGUUUGGAAUUGUGAUGGUAUAAUUGCUGUUGGAGGCGGUGACUGUCUUGUAAGGUUAUUUAUUUUUGAUGUGGAAAAUUCAGCACUCUCACUUCUCUCUUCAAUACGACUACCAAGCGAAAUAAACUGCCUAGCUUGGAGGCCAAAACAACAAUCAGAACAAACAACAAAUUAUUUGGCUGUAGCUUCGGAUGAUGGCCAUUUGCACUUUCUACAAAUUGAUAGCCAAUAUAUUAAUAAUUUUGGUGCUAUAAAUGGACAAAUUGGUGAUUAA